GCUUCCAUUCAAGCAAAUAGGUUGCUUUUCCUUCACUGGUCAACCUGGGCCCUGCGUGGCUCGGCAGGGAUCAGAGAUUUCUCACGGAGCAGGUUUGCAUUUGUUCCUCUUGACCAUUUGCCCCCCCGCUGCAGAGAGGAAAACUACCUUUGCGCAGGCACUUCUGCAGUGGAGCCCGGCAGGACUGAGGACAUUCCUCUGCCUGGUGCCAAGGGGUUAAGCUCACAGUAAGUUCCCAAAGCCACUUGCUUCCAACUGGCUGCUGCCUGCGGUUUGUGGGAAGGGAUUUUGCUUUUUAAUAACAUUAUAAAUAGGGCUGUGUUCAGCAUGCUGCAAACCCAGUUACUCUCUCUCUCUUACCCAUCUCCCUCCUCCUCCCGCUUCUCUUCCCACCGCACCGAUUCCAGAUCUGACCAUGAAUCGGUCAGGAUGCCUCCUCAGUGUCCUCAGCCUACUGGCCUGCCUCAUCUCCGUCGUGCAAGCGUGUCCCCCGAGCUGCCACUGCCACGGCGGGGACCUGCAGCACGUCAUCUGCGACAAUGCUGGGUUGAAGAAGAUCCCCAAGGUGCCUGAGCAAACACGGCUUCUCAACCUGCAGAAGAACAAUUUCCCUGUUCUGCCGACCAACGGCUUCCGGGACAUGAAAAAGCUGGUGUCCCUGCAUCUCCAGAGCUCACGGAUCAAGGAGAUCUCAACCGGAGCCUUCAGAGGGCUCAAGAACCUGGUCUACCUCUACCUCACUGACAACCAGAUCAGUGUCAUAAAGCCAGGAGCCUUUGAUGACCUCUCUGAGCUCACCUACCUGUACCUGGACCAGAAUAAGAUCCCAGACUUAUCCAAGGGGAUCCUUUCUCCUCUUGUCAAUCUCUUCAUCCUGCACCUAGGCAGCAAUAAAAUCCGGGAGCUGAAAGCUGGGGUCUUCAGUGGUGCUAAAGACCUGCGCUGGCUCUUCCUCUCUGACAACUCCCUCACCAACCUCCUGCCCGGGGCCCUGGAGGAUGUUGAAAAUCUCGCUGUCCUCCACCUGGACAAGAACCAGCUGAGCAGCUAUCCCGUGAGUGCAAUGAGCAAGCUGAGAGUGCUGGAGGAACUGAAGCUUUCCCACAACCCAAUUGAGGUGAUUCCGGACAACGCUUUCCAGUCCUUUGGGCGUUACAUGCAGACUCUCCACCUGGAUAACAUGAAACUGAAAAAGUUUGCAGACAACGCGUUCGCCGGCGUCACCGUUCUGAAGACGGCACACCUCGAGAACAACCGGCUGACCCAGCUGCCCCGCAACUUCCCCUUCGACAAGAUGGAGACCCUGACGCUCUCCAGGAACGCCUGGCACUGCAACUGCCAGCUGGCACAUCUGCGCAAGUGGCUGAAAGCCAAUCGCACCCGCACGGAGGACACGUGCUCCACGCCGGCGCAGUACCGGGGGCAGUCCAUCAGGGACACCCCGGCCCUCCGCACCUGCAAGCUGCCCACCAAGAGGUCCAGGAAGGGAAGCCGCCAUUAAGCACCAGGACCCGCUACGGCCUGUCCUGGUGACCGGUCACUCCUAUCAUCAGAAAACUACUGACUUCUGAGUCCUUCCUUAAGCUUCUCCU